AUGGAGCAGGCAUGCAUGCUGUGUCGCCGGGCAGAGGCUGACCCGGAUAUCUGCGGGCACAAACUGCAGAAGCAGGGGCUCUGUGCCCAUAAGUUUUGCCUGUUUUUUGCCAACGAGCUUUUUCAGCAACGGGUCAAGGAAGUAGGCCUCAUGGGAUUUCUCCCCGAGGAUAUUCGACGUACAGUCGAGCGGGCAGCGCAGAAGCACUGCUUCGUCUGUGGCGAGAGCGGGGCCGCCAUCACCUGCUGGGAGACGGGCUGCGACCGCAGCUUCCAUCUCCCCUGUGCCGUGGAGGGUGGAUGCGUCACCCAGUUCCUUUAUCAGUACAGGUCCUUCUGCUGGGAGCACCGCCCGGAGCAGGCAGUGGAGGCGGCUCCGGAGGAGAACACCACCUGCCUCAUCUGCCUGGACCUCGUGGGGGACAGAAAGUCCUACGGCACCAUGGUGUGCCCGGCGUGCAAACACGCCUGGUUCCACAGGGGCUGCAUCCAGGUAGGAGCCGUUGCCUCGCCCCCGGGGCACGAGGCGCUCAGCAGCACCGGGGCCUCACUCAUGCCCCUUCUGUUUCUCCUGCAGGGACAGGCUGUGCGCGCUGGCAUUUCCUGCUUCCAGUGCCCCCUCUGCAGAGACAGGGAUGCAUUUCUCCCGGAAAUGCUCACCGUGGGGAUCCGAAUCCCCUUCAGACUGCCAUCAUGGGAGAGCGGGCAUGCAUACGCAGCACUAGGCGAGAGGCACAGCCGCUGCGAUGCCAGUGAGUGCCUUUGUCCAGGAGGCAGGGAGCGGGCAGAGGAAGAGGGGCCCUGGCAACUGCUCCUGUGCUGCUCCUGCGCUGCCGAGGGCACCCACAGACGCUGCUCCUACUUGAGGAACAGCACGGCCAGCUGGGAGUGCGACAGCUGUGCUGGCCUGGGUACCGCCUCCAGUGCCAGCUCAGAGCUUGCCGGCCCCAGCACUGCCAUCCAGUCAGGAUCGGGGCCCGCCCACAGCUCCCCGGCACCGGAGACCAGGAGCCCCAGCACUGGCAGCCAGGUGACAUCAGGGCAGCUUCUCGGAUCUCCCGCACCGGAGUCCAGCAGCCCUAGCACUGCCAGCCAGGCGGCAUCGGGGCUGUCCCACGGCUCCCCAGCGCCAGAGACCAGCAGCCCUAGCACCGGCAGCAUGGCGGCAUCGGGGCCGUCCCACGGCUCCCUAGAACUGGAAACCAGCAGCCCCAGCACCGGUAGCCAGGCAGCAUCGGGGCCAUCCCACAGCUCCCCAGUGCUUGAGGGCAGCAGCUGCUCCAGCCCACCUGGGCCCGACCGCAUGCGAAAUCACUCCCGGUUGCAACGUCGGGCCCCAAAUCCUUACAGCCGGCCCAGAAGAUGCCGUGAGAGCAGCCGCCUGCCAGCACCAAGUGCUGAGAGCAGCACCCCCAGCCAGGCGGUGCUGGGUCCGUCCCACGGCUCCCCGGCACCGGAGACCAGCAGCCCCAGCACCGCCAGCCAGCUGCCAUCAGGGUCCUCCUGCAGCUCUCCAGCACUUCAGGGCAGCCUCCGCUCCACCGCCCUGGGCCCGAGCGGGCGCGAGACCGCUCCCGCUUGCAACGUCGGGCCCAAAAUCCCUACAGCCGGCCCAGAAGACGCCGUGAGAGCAGCCGCGCGCCAGCACCAAGUGCUGAGAGCAGCACCCCCAGCGCGGCAGAGCUGGGGCCGUCCCACGGCUCCCCAGCACCCGGGGCCAGCAGCCCCAGCACUGGCAGCCAGCUGCCAUCGGGGGCCUCCUGUGGCUCUCCAGUGCUUGAGAGUGGCAGAAGCUCCAGCCCCCCUGGGCCCGACCGCAUGCGAAAUCGCUCCCGGUUGCGACGUCGGGCCCCAGAUCCCUACAGCCGGCCCGGGCGCCGCCGCGGGACCAGCCGUGCGCCGUCCCCGAGUGCUGGCCCUGAUCCCCCUCCACCGGCACAAUAAAGUUGGCCGUUAA